CUGUUCGGUUUCUGGUGUACUGUCACGAUUCGUUGCAGAACGGAUGUGGCUACACUGUUUGAUGUGUUUUGCGAGGUGGGAACGAGUGCUGAAGACGGUUUACCGCUUAUACUAACCAAGUACCCGGAAGACUACAGCGACGACGCAGCUCUGAAAAGUGUUCGGCAAUUCAGUUUUCCGUGUGGACUCAAAGAGACUGACUCAGAAGCCGUUCAGCUGUUCUCUUUUGUCUUAACGGAUUCUCGAUCUCAGUAUACUUUUGGGUUUUGUCGAUUUACACCGCGGAAUAACACGUGCAUCUGUGUAUUAAGUGGUUUUUCUUGGCCUGGUGUAUUUUAUAAAGUUCUAAAUCACAUUUCACUCAUUAUGAAUAGCGGAACACAAGGUGAUCUGGAUGCGAUCCUGACUAGAAUUUACCAUACGGAUAUUCCUAACAUUGGCGACACCUUAAAGUUCGAAUGUCAUAAUGGAAUGCAUGUGAGUACCUUCCAGGUGAAAAUUCCUGACGUCACUAAGCUGCCAACUCUUCGCGAAGACAGAUUUAUGCUCGAGUUUUACAAUGCAGUCUCAACUAGGCAAAUGUUGGCAAUUUAUGCAAGUUUACUGAAAGAACGUAGAAUCAUUUUCACUGGACGGAAGCUCAGCCAGCUUAGUUCAUGUAUUUAUGCCGCUUCAACACUUCUGUACCCUAUGUUUUGGCAAUCAGUUUUUAUACCAGUUUUACCUGAGUCUUUACGAGAGAUGGUAAUGGCUCCUAUGCCGUUUCUAAUUGGUGUUCCGAAACAAGUGAUGGAAUUAAACGUAUUGAAAGACCUUGGUGAAGUGGUUAUCGUAGACCUUGAGGAUAAGACACUUCAGAGUGCACAUAACGAUGUUGCUGAUAUGCCAAAUGAGGUGGUGAUGUAUCUGAAAAACCAAUUGAAGAAUUCUACGGAUAUGGAUGAUUCGAUAUCAAGAAGCUUUCUACGAGCCAAUGUUCUACUGUUUGGUGGCUAUCGAAUGGGUUUCUCGACUGGUGUUAGUCAGAUAUUCCAUACAUCGCAAAAGUUCGUUCGUGAGCAACGGCCAACAUUGCAGCCGUUUUUAUCCUCGUUAAUCGGAGCAGAUGGAGUGCAAUAUCUUGAAAGAUUCAUCGAAGAGCGUACGCGUUUUUUGAACAGCGGAUUACCUAUUUCGGACGAAUUCGAGGUGGAAAUCGCGAACAUGGACAAGUUGAAAUUGCAGGUCAAAGAAAAUGCCAGUGAUGUGAUUGGAACAUUGAAAGAUAAAGUGACGGGAAUACAGAUUAGUGCUAAACUUAACAAGUUAACACCGAAGGAAAUUCGAAUGCCAAAGAAUUGGACUCUUAAGAAAUCAUCCAAAAGUGGAGGAUUUGAGCCGAUGUCCUUCGACAACAUUCAGUGGCAAGAUGAUUCAUCUCGAAAUUCAUCUCCUUGUCCUGAUCUAUCGGCGAAUGUCCCAGUGGCAAAUCUGAUCGAUUUCGACACACCGGUUGGCAAUCCUUAUUCAGCGAGUGGCAUUGGCGAAUUUAAAUCUACACAUUCAUGUUGGGCGAACUAG